AAAAGACAUUGUAUAUUGGAUGUGACCUCAGCGGGUACUUUCUAUCAAGGACGAUGGUGUUGUUCGACUCAUACGAAAAGCAGUAUGGUAAUCUUACGAGUGAAAUAACAUUUAAGUUGGGAAAAAUUCCUCGCCUUAGUGGCGAUGAGCGAACGAAAGAAAUACGUGAUGUAUCAACACUUUUUGAUGAGACUAGAGAGUUAAUUGAACAGAUGUCACUAGAGGUUCAAGAAAUGCGACCUGACUUGCGAACAAAAUAUCAAAAUAGACUUGAUUGCUACCGGAAAGAGCUGGAAAAACUAACGUCUGAGUUUAAGCGACCACGUUACGCUGCUCGCUUACCUGAUAAGAAGGAUUCAGCAGCUUCUGACGACGAAGAAAGUUUACGUGAAGAGGUUCUCUUUGAUGCAGAUAUGAGAGCUCAACUUCUAAGCAACACUGAAAGGAUAGCUCGGUCUACCACGAAGUUGGAGGAUGGAGUCCGCAUCGCUUUAGAAACAGAAGAUGUUGGUGGACACAUCUUACAGGAUUUAAGCGAGCAGAGAGAAAAGCUUCAAAGGAGCAGAGAUCGCCUUCGCCAGGCAGAUUCUGAUCUGAAAAGAAGUUCACGAUUAGUUGCUGUAAUGACUCGUCGAGUCCUUCAGAACAAAGUCCUACUAAUCGCUGUGAUAUCUCUAAUGGUGUUAAUCUUUUUCGUAGCCAUAUAUCUGGUAACUCGCCAUGCUACUACACCAGCCGCAGUUAAUUCUUCUCACCCGUGAUAUAUAUACAUAUACAUACAUACAUAUAUAUUAUCAUCUUUCUUGUUGGUGUCCAUGGGGCUCGUAUCCUUACUGAAGUGAAUACGACGAUCCUCUUAUAUCCGCAACUACUGCAUUGUUUAUUGUGAUAAUAUCUCCUGUGUUUUAUCAUGCAUUGCUUUCUCUUCUUUUAUGAUAUUGACUAAUAUUUUGUCUUAAUUUUGAAACAAAUGUAUGUGAUUUGAAUUUCAAGCGUAAGCAAAAUUUGAAUUCUUUAUAUAUCACUUUUUCAUUUUGUUUCUUCUACACUGUAUUUGUUGGUAUUUUUUCCUUUUUUUUUGUGACUAACAUAAAUAUUAAAUAUAUUUUGUUUCUGCAGAAGAAUACAAGGUUACUCAUCAGUUGUUAUAUUCAUACAUUUUAGUACAUAAAUAUGCCUAUUACUUUUAUGAGUUUCAAACAAUUUUCGUUUUUAAGUCUCUAGGAUCCACGAUACUGAUCUCUUCAAUGCGUAUAUCUUUCACUGGACGUUCGUAUUGUGUUGGUGUUUCUUCCAUUUUGUCCAAUGUUGAACUGCCUUCAAUCACCCUUCUGAAAAAUCGUGAAAAAUAUAAUAUUUGUUAGUCG